UUUCUCUCUCCCUUUUCUUUUUUCAUGAAGCAUGGCUAUAAGAGGGUGUGUGUACAUGAGAUCUGGCAGCAGUAUUGGUACAGUUUAACAGCAGCAGAAGCAGCAGCAGAUUGAGGAUGGUCAGACAUAUGUUCUCUAAUCUCCUACUACUCUGGUCAAUCAGCCAUGACCUUUAUAUAACUGGACUGACACAUCACAAGCCAAAGGAGCAGUCCUGGAACAACCAGAACCUUUAUGCUGUCCCUCUGGAUUUAGAUGUAAGGCUUAGAAGACUAGACCUGUCCAAUAAUUUCAUCAGACAGUUGCACACACUUGCUUUGCCAUACUUGGAACAGCUGGACCUGAGCGCCAACCAGCUGGAUCUCAUCUCCGAGGGGGCUUUCACAAACCUGGCUCGACUUGAGGAGUUGAAUUUGUCCAGAAAUGGGCUGAACAACAACCUUGGCAGUAACGGCAAAGCCCUCCAAUCCAUGAGUAGACUGAGGAGUUUGGACAUAUCAAUGAACGGUUUGAGAGAUGAUGCAGUGGGACUGUACCUUCGAAACAAAUCGUCUCUUGAUCAACUUAAGAUGACUGGUAAUGCUUUAACAAGACUUUCACACAACUUGUUCAAAGACAGUAAAGGCUUGAGGGCCAUUACUAUUGAUAACAAUCAGAUAUCGGUGAUAGAACAGGGGACAUUUGAACCAUUGAGCCAAUUAGAGAUGCUAAACUUGGCCAAAAAUAACCUUGCCCAUAUCUGUGAUUUUAAAUUAACUCAAGUUAAAUAUCUGAAUCUCAGUCAAAAUUCAAUCGAGUUCUUUGUUACGCGUGAGGAUGACCAGUUGUACAGGCUUGAAAGUCUUGAUCUGAGUCACAACAAACUCCUUUAUUUCCCAAUUGUUCCAAAAAUGAACCGUUUGAGAUAUCUUCAUUUACAGAAUAAUAUGGUUGGUGCCUUAAAUUCAGAGGCUACAAUGGUAUCCGAGGCCAAUGCUCUUUAUAGUGAGAUUAUGCGUGAGAAAACAGCAAGAAAGAAUUACCUGCACUCAAACUGGAAGCUGAUGCAACUGAUUUACAUUGACCUGAGCUAUAACCACUUCAGGUCUUUCCCUCUUGAGACUUUGAGCCGUCUCUUCUCUUUGGAAACUCUCAAUUUCAGUCGCAACUGUUUGCAAAACAUCACCUGGAACAUAAGAAAAGAUGAAUCAGGAUACCGUCGGCAGCUUUUCUUUCCCUCCUUAAAGUACGUAGACCUGCAGAGUAAUGGACUUACAUACAUUUCUCCACUGUUUCUCAAAGCGCUCACGCGAAUAGAAACAUUAAAUCUACAAGACAAUUCUGUGCAACCUUGUGCCUCUAAGGACCAAUCAAUGCAGCAAACUAAUCUCAGCACUUCCUGUGUUGUCUUUGGUCAGUUAAGGACUCUUAAACACCUAAAUCUUAAAGAAAACAACAUCAAAAUGCUUCACCCAAACACAUUUCUAAAAACCUCUCUGGUUUCUCUAAACCUUGCAAGGAAUUCACAUAUGGUAAUGCAAGAGGGUGCGUUAGAGGGUGUGCACAAGACUCUUCAAUCCUUGAUCAUCAGUGAAAUAAACAUGACCAGCUCUGAUCUGUCUUUACCCUGCAUGCCAGUGUUAACUGAGUUGAACAUAUCUAACAACCAUCUAGAUUUGAUACCCAGCAGUUUGAGCUGCUCUCCCCUGAAAGAAAUCGACAUAAGAAAUAAUAAUUUUGCUACUUUAAACAAUUCUUUGAUUCUUGAUUUAUCUCUGCGCCUCAAUUUAAUGUAUAUUAGCGGAAAUUAUUUUAACUGUUGUGACAGUAAAUGGCUGAUACUCCUGCAUGAGGCGAAGAUACAACUGCCUGAUGUCGGUAGCACUGUCUGCUUUACAAGUGAUAGGAACGUUGCGAUGAUAGGGUAUCUGAAAAACCCUUCAGUGUAUUGUUUGUUUCGUACCAAAGCACAGGAAAUACACUUUGGAACAGUGAUCAUAAUUGUUUUAUUCGUAACUGUAAUAUUAACAGUGUUCGUCAUAUUCACCAGGAAGGUGUGUUGCACACAAAGAUCAUUUAUAGUGUGAUGUGUAAAAUAUGUUGUCCUACAUUGUUCCAUAUGCACAUGGGUUAGACAACUAAGUACAACUGUAAGGAACUGGAUAGCUAACUGAAGCAUAAUUCCUGUGGGUUUAAUUUUUGCAUGACCCAUUUACUAUAAACAGAAGUGAGGUUUAAUGGCUGCUUAGAUUGUAAAAACUAGCAGACUUUUACUGAAUAAAAUGCAGUAAAAUCUUCGUUGUCUGACAUGAUUUUUUACUCAUCUCCAUUCACGGCUUCCUUUUAUGACUUCCCUGCUCAUUGUUAGUCUUGUAAAACACGCUUCACGCUGCGGACGUGCGCAGCUAAAAUGUUGUGAUUGAAUUUGGCUAUAUCGACUCCCAAGCUGUCUUCUUAUGGUGUGUGCCAAAUUGCUAAUCAGGCAGAGAAUGUUUGCCCAUCCUUCAUUGUGAAAUGUUUGCUUGCAACUAAAAGUUUAACCUUGGCUCAAAUUUUUAUGACGUCUGUGAGGCCUUGCACAACAUUCCCAGAAUCUGAACUUCUGAACAAUUCAAUAAAACGAUAAUUAGAGACCUUGUACGAGUUUCUGUUUAACCAAUUAUAAAGAGGACUAUAUACAGUAUAUUCUAAAUAAAUAUUGAUAUCGUGUUUACUAGAUCCAUUUUAAGAUAUAUCAAUUUCUGCAUCUGUUUGUGUUUUGUUAUGCAUAACUGAUGUGGCUCUGACCCUGUCAUCAAAUACAAUGCUGACAGUUAUGAUGUACAUAAUAAACAUGUUGUAUAACCAGAA